UUCCCCUCACUCGCAGCGCUGGGCGGGCGCCCAGCCAAGGGUCUGGCGGCGAGGGGCGGGCGCGGCGGCGGGCGGGAUGGGGCGGGGCCGGCGCGGAGCCUAUUAAAGGCGCGGCGGGGCGGCGGGACCCGAGCGCCCGGGGCCACGAUGGAGCGGGACAGUAGCGCUGAGGGCGGGCGCGGCCCCCGAGAGGGCCUGGCGGGGAACGGCCGAGACCCGGGUCCGGGCCGCGCAGCCGAAGCGUCCGGGGAGCCGCAGGCGGCUGCGUCGCUGCUGGCCCCCAUGGACCUGGGGGAGGAGCCGCUGGAGAAGGCGGCGCGCGCCCGCCCGGCCAAGGACCCUAACACCUAUAAAGUGCUCUCGCUGGUAUUGUCAGUCUGUGUGUUAACAACAAUCCUUGGUUGUAUAUUUGGGUUGAAACCAAGCUGUGCCAAAGAAAUUAAAAGUUGCAAGGGUCGCUGUUUUGAGAGAACAUUUGGAAACUGCCGCUGUGAUGCUGCUUGUGUUGACCUUGGAAACUGCUGUCUAGAUUACCAGGAAACGUGUAUAGAACCAGAACGGAUAUGGACUUGCACCAAAUUCAGGUGUGGUGAGAAAAGGUUGUCCCGAAGCCUUUGCUCCUGUUCAGAUGACUGCAAGGACAAGGGAGACUGUUGUAUCAACCACGGAUCCGUGUGCCGAGGGGAGAAAAGUUGGGUAGAAAGAGAAUGUGACAGCAUUGAUGAACCACAGUGUCCGGCAGGGUUUGAAACACCUCCUACCCUCUUAUUUUCUUUGGAUGGUUUCAGGGCAGAAUAUCUGCACACUUGGGGUGGACUUCUUCCUGUUCUUAGCAAGCUGAAAACCUGUGGGACAUAUACUAAAAACAUGAGACCAGUAUAUCCAACAAAAACUUUCCCCAAUCACUACAGCAUUGUCACAGGACUUUAUCCGGAAUCCCAUGGCAUCGUUGACAAUAAUAUUUAUGAUCCCCAAAUGAACGCUUACUUUGCACUUAAAAGCAAAGAGAAAUUUAACCCAGAGUGGUACAAAGGAGAACCAAUUUGGCUGACAGCUAAAUAUCAAGGCCUGAAGACAGGCACAUUUUUUUGGCCAGGAUCAGAUGUGAAAAUCAAUGGAAUUUUCCCAGACGUCUAUAAAAUCUAUAAUGCUUCAGUACCAUUUGAAGAAAGAAUUUUAGCUAUUCUUAAGUGGCUACAGCUUCCUAAAGAUGAAAGACCACACUUUUACACUCUGUAUUUAGAAGAACCAGAUUCUUCGGGUCACUCUUACGGACCAGUCAGCAGUGAAGUCAUCAGAGCUUUGCAGAGGGUUGAUAACAUAGUUGGCAUGCUGAUGGAUGGUCUGAAGGAGCUGAACUUGCAUAGAUGCUUGAACCUCAUCCUUAUUUCAGAUCAUGGCAUGGAACAAGGCAGUUGUAAGAAAUAUGUGUAUCUGAAUAAAUACUUGGGAGAUAUUAAAGAUGUUAAAGUUGUAUAUGGACCCGCAGCUCGACUGAGACCCUCUGAUGUUCCAGAUAAAUACUAUUCAUUUGAUUAUGAAGGCAUUGCCAAAAAUCUUUCUUGCCGGGAACCAAACCAGCACUUCAAACCUUACCUGAAAUAUUUCUUACCCAAGCGUUUGCAUUUUGCCAAAAAUGACAGAAUUGAGCCCUUGACGUUCUAUUUGGAUCCUCAGUGGCAACUUGCAUUGAAUCCUUCAAAAAGGGAAUAUUGUGGAGAUGGAUUCCAUGGCUCUGAUAAUACAUUUUUGAAUAUGCAAGCCCUCUUUAUUGGCUAUGGACCUGGAUUCAAGCACAGCACUGAAGUUGACUCCUUUGAAAAUAUUGAAGUCUAUAACUUAAUGUGUGAUUUACUGAAUUUGACACCAGCUCCUAAUAAUGGGACUCAUGGAAGCCUUAACCAUCUUCUAAGCAAUCCCGUUUACACUCCAAAGCAUCCCAAAGAAGUCCGCCCCCUGGUCCAGUGCCCCUUCACAAGAGCCCCCAGGGAGAGCCUUGACUGCUCGUGUCAUCCCUCAAUUUUGACAAUUGUGGAUUUUCAGACACAGUUGAAUCUGACCAUGGCAGAAGAGAAGACCAUUAAGCGUGGCGCUCUACCCUAUGGAAGACCCAGAGUUCUCCAGAACAGCACUGUCUGUCUGCUUUACCAGCACCAGUUUGUGAGUGGUUACAGCCAUGACAUCCUGAUGCCCCUUUGGACAUCCUACACCAUUGACAGAAAUGACAGUUUCUCUACAGAAGACUUUUCCAACUGUCUUUACCAGGAUUUCCGAAUUCCUCUUAGUCCUGUCCAUAAAUGUUCAUUUUAUAAAAAUAACGCUAAACUGAGCUAUGGGUUCCUCUCCCCACCACAAUUACAUAAAGGUUCAAGUCGAGUAUAUUCUGAAGCAUUACUUACAUCUAAUAUAGUGCCCAUGUACCAGAGUUUUCAAGUUAUAUGGCAGUACUUGCAUGGCACCUUACUGCAGAGCUAUGCUAAAGAAAGAAAUGGUCUUAAUGUUGUUAGCGGUCCUGUGUUUGAUUCUGAUUAUGACGGACGUUAUGAUUCCUUGGAGACUCUGAAGCAAAACAGCAAGAUCAUCCGUAAUCUGGAAGUUCUGAUUCCAACUCACUUCUUCAUUGUGCUAACAAGUUGUAAAAACACAUCCCAGACUCCCUUACAGUGUGAAAAUUUAGAUACCAUGGCUUUCAUUUUGCCUCACAGGACUGACAAUAGUGAAAGCUGUGCGCAUGGGAAGCAUGAAUCCUUAUGGGUUGAAGAACUGUUGAAGCUACACAGAGCUCGGAUCACAGAUAUUGAACACAUCACCGGACUCAGCUUCUAUCAAGAAAGAAAAGAGCCAAUUUCAGACAUUUUAAAGUUGAAAACACAUUUGCCAACCUUUAACCAAGAAGACUGAUACUUUUUUUAUUCCAAAAACACAGCAGUAAAUCUUUGUGAAAGAGCCUUCUGUUUUAUACAUCCUCUAUUUACACUGUUGCAUUGUUUGGAGACUGUCGACCAGAGUUAGAACUGGGAAUCCUCUGUGAUACACGACCUUCUCAGGGAAACUUGUGGCCUCCGCAUAACAGUAGGAAAGUGUUCCUACUGAGUCUCACACGUGUUUGAAUGUGUAAGAAUUGUUCAGAUUUGGGAAUAAAGACAGAUCAUACCUAAAACUGCUCUUCUACUUCUCUUAAGGGCAGAAGGAGCUGUGAACAUUCUCUGGACACCAGAUGUUUGAAUCAUAUUAUCAUUAAUAAAUUUCUGCGAUGCUGACAAACACUAGACUAAUGAAUAGGAUUGGAGUAGACCAUGUUUCAUUAGUUUAUUCACAGGAAUUUAAGAGUGAUUCUGGAUUCUUUUUAACUUGGAUAUUCAUUUAUUUUCAUUUUAAUCAGAAAAGUUAAUGGGAGCAGAAAUAUUUGAAGCCCUAUUUUUAUCUCUUCUGUACACCCCCUCAAAAGCUAACUAUUUUUAAAUUGUAACUGGGUUUCUUCCGAUUUCAUGAUUCUUUCAGGUUAAACUUUGAGGGACCAUCUGUACUGAGUGUAUCUACCCUUUAUAAAAUUUAGUCUACAUUUGUACCAAAAAAGAAAAAUAUUCCCAAUCCGAUCACUGAUAAUAUAGGUUGAAAAUAACUCCAAUAAUGGUUAUUUUAUACCGUUAAAAGUGUGUCUUGUCUUAGUGAAAUUUCAUGGGGCUUGUCAACUCAUGCAAGAUAGCAUUUUUCAUCCAAAUAAUAGAAAUGUUUUCCUCUAUACAUAAAAGUCACUCUACUAGCAACAGAGCUGUACUGUUCUGAGAUGUUCAUUUUGAAGUUCCAUUGAUUUGAAGAGAAUGUAUUACCAUCAUUUUAUAUCUUCUUAAUACUCAUGAUAAAUGAACUUGAUUUUCUUCACUUCAUAGACUAUAUAUGUAUAUAUACCCUUCAGUACCAACCUGUGAAUGUUCAGAAGCUACAUUCAUUUUUUUAGGCUACUUAAGUCUGAUUUAAGUGUUAUAUUAUUAAUAAUACCAAAGGUCUGUAUUUGUCCUUCACAUUCCACUUGUUCUUCAAUAGCAUAGGGGCCCCAAAACCUUUAGAUAAUACACUUUGCAUCUGAAAAUUAUUUACUUAUUUAGAAAGUUUCAUUGAUUUUAUUUUAGUCCCACAGGUCCCUGAAGUUCUAUAAAUUUUUUCUUUUUCCCCAGUCUCUUUUUUCUCUGUUAUUCAGAUUGGGUAGUUUCUAUUGUUCAUUUCUAUUGCUCUGUCUUCAAUUUCACAGAUUCUUUCCUCUAAUUUCAUUUUGCUGUUGAGCCCAUUCAUUGAUUUUUAUAUUUCAGUAUUGUGGAUUUUUUGUUUCUAAACUUUCCAUUUGAUUCUUUGUAGCUUUUAUUUCCUUUCUGAGAAUUUUUCUCUCUUUGCUGAGACUUUCCAGUUUUGCAUUUGUUUCAAACAUGUUCAUAAUUGCUUAUUGAAGCAUUAUGAUGGAUGUUGUAAAAUCCUUGUCAGAUAAUUCCUACAUGUGUUGUCUUUAUGUUGGCAUCUGUUAUCUUUUUUAAUUCAAAAAUAUUUUUCUGGUUCUUGUUGUAAUAAAUGAUUUUCAGCUGAAACCUGGA